AUGCUGAAGCAAGAGUUGCAAUCUGUUGACGUGCCUAACGACUCUGAUCAAGCCCAGACCUCUGAUGAUCUUGAGAGGAAAAGCAGUGCUUCAUCCUUUUUCAAGUUCAACCGCAUCCCAUCAAGCAUCAACAAAUCUGAGGUGGACAUCUACCUGGAUGCACAGACCUCUGAUGAUUUUACUGAGUACCUAACAUGCUGCACCAAAGUGUUGCGGUUCCUCCACAGCAUAACGAGGAGGAAGCCCGUGGAGCCUGAAGGUGAGGAGUCGGGUUUGUGCCGGUGCCUGAGCACCAUGGACCUGGUGGGGCUGGGCGUGGGCAGCACGCUGGGGGCCGGGGUGUACGUGCUGUCCGGAGAGCUCUCCAGGCAGGUGACCGGCCCCAGCAUCGUCGUCUCCUUCCUGGUAGCCGCCGUGGCCUCCGUGUUCGCAGGGCUGUGCUACGCUGAGUUCGGGGCCCGCGUCCCCCGGACGGGCUCGGCCUACCUGUACACCUACGUGACCGUGGGAGAGGUGUGGGCGUUCGUGGCGGGCUGGAACCUGCUGCUGUCCUACGUCAUCGGAACUUCUAGCAGAGCUAAAGCCUGGACUGGGGCUUUUGAUGACCUGCUAGAUAACGUCAUCGCUGAAACCCUGCAGGAGCACGCACGCAUGGAGGCGCCAGGCCUGGCUCUGUACCCAGACUUCUUUGCUGCUGCGCUGAUCAUGUUGCUUGCUGGGAUACUUGCAUACGGCGUGAGGGAGUCUGCGAUCCUGAACACUGUUUUUACGGCUGUAAACGUGGCGGUGUUGAUUUUUAUCAUCAUCUCUGGCUUCAUAAAAGGAGAUCUCAACAACUGGCGCAUCAGUGAGGAAACUAUUGCCAAUGCAACUCUGGAAAAGGAGAACCUUACUGAAGCCCAAACCCCGGCUUCAGAGUUUGGCGUUGGCGGGUUCUUCCCCUUCGGCGUUGAUGGAACUUUAGCCGGAGCAGCAACCUGUUUCUAUGCUUUUGUUGGAUUUGACUGCAUUGCCACAACAGGUGAGGAGGUGAAGAAUCCACAAAAAGCCAUCCCUGUUGGGAUUGUGGUGUCCCUGACGAUCUGCUUCUUGGCCUAUUUUGGCGUCUCUGCUGCGUUGACACUAAUGAUGCCCUACUACCUUCUGGACGGCCACAGUCCUCUCCCAGUGGCCUUUGAGUACGUGGGCUGGGAGCCGGCCAAGUACGCCGUGGCCGUGGGCUCUCUCAGCGCACUCUCAACAAGCCUCCUGGGAGUGAUGUUUCCGAUGCCGCGGGUGAUGUUUGCCAUGGCCAGAGACGGCCUGCUCUUCAAGCCGCUGCGCUACAUGAGCUCCAGACAGAGCCCGGUCUUAGCCACGCUGGCAGCAGGAGCUAUGGCGGCUUUCAUGGUGCUCUUAUUUGACCUGAAGGCCCUCGUAGACCUGAGCUCCAUUGGAACCAUCUCUGCAUACUCUCUUGUUGCAGUGUGUAUUCUGGUGUUAAGGUACACUGAAGACAACAACUCUGUCCACAGACCAGAACCGUUCACAAUAAAGGGGCUCUUCAGGCCUCCGUCUUUAGCCACCCACCGCACCUCUAAAAAUGUCAACAUCCUCAUCGUCAUUACCUGCGAGUCCUCGCCGUUUCUCCUCCUCCACCUGAGUCUCUCUCCAGUGGUCCUGGGGAUCAUUUUAAGCGUCCUGCUGACCGAGGCCAUGGAGUCCUUCCUCAGACCUGAGGUCUGGAGCGUCCUGCUGGUCUCUGUCCUCGGGCUGGCCCUGCUCUUCACCGUCUUCCUCAUCUGGAGACAGCCACAGAACACCAAUGAAGCAGCUUUUAAGGUUCCUUGUGUACCUGUAAUUCCACUUUUAAGUGUCUUGGUCAACACCUACCUGAUGGUUCAGCUGGAAGGAGAAACAUGGAUCAGCUAUGCUGUUUGGAUGGCAGUCGGCCUGAUCAUAUACUUCGCCUACGGGAUGCGUCACAGUGUCCAAAAGCGGAGACUGCAGGAAGCUCCGAACCAACUGAAUAUUAUUUAUGCAAAUGGCCGCCGUUCUGCAGCUUGA